AUGCAAACACUGGCAGUUUUCUGUCUGAUAGCUGACAUUAGCAGCACCGCUCUGGUUAGUCUCCUGACGGUCCCUGCCAUUCGAACCUUACUCGAGUCUGCAGUGAUGCGCUUUCAUGGAUUGAACCGGUAUCUUUGCGAAUUCUACGUCGAUCAAGAUGGAGAAGCGGACAGAGCGUCGAUUGCCGCGUCCAAGAAGAAGUUUGAGAGGAUGUUCAUUAUUGUCGCUGUCAUCAGCGGGGGUAUAGCAGCUUCAACACGGGCAGUUGUGCCUGGAACAAUGUUUUCCUUCAACAUUUGGGCACAGAUCGUUCACUGGAUUCUUCAACUCGUUCAGUCAACAGCCCUUGCCAUGGAGAAUUCGCCCACGGCUCGGUACUCUCUAGGAUGGAAGCAAGCGCUCGGUGCUUCAGUCACCAUCAUUAGCCUUGCAUGGGAGCUGUUCGCAAGACACAAGACUGGCCUUUUGGAUGAUCUCCACUCUUAUAUAAUAGGUGUUGAAAUUGGUGCAGCGACACUGAUCGUGAUCAUAAGCCUCUCGCUGCCUCGACGUCCGGAUGUAUACCGACAUGGAACUCUGGUCGAUAGAGAGCUUACUACGUCCUUUCUAGGGCGCAUGACCUUCAGUUGGGCUAGCCACCUUUUUCGACAGGUUUCUCGCAAAAGUGACGGAGACAUUGACCAUCUGCCGGAGUUAGAUUUCGACACUCGAGCAGAGAACCUUCAAGGAUCUUUCGCGCAAUCACACGCUAAGGCUUCACGCAAUGGAAAAGGCAGGACACCCUUAUGGAAAGUUCUUGUGUUUUCGAAUGGCCGACAUCUACUGUUCCAGCUUGCUCUUUCAGUCCCGGCGAGCUUCCUUGCGUUCGGACCCCAUCUUUCCCUUCUUCAAAUUCUUCAGAUUCUCGAGAAACGCUCUGGGGCGGAAGAUGUUACUGCAGAUCUUUGGUUCUGGGCGUUGGCAUUGGGGAUAUGCACAAGUCUAUCCGCGUGGCUUGAGGCUUGGAUUGGUUGGAUUGCUUCUAAUAAACUUGCUAUCAGAGUGUACGAACAGCUCUCUGCUGUCAUGUUCAACAAGGCCUUGCACUCGAUAGCAUCGAGUCAGGACGAUCUGAAGGGCACUGGGAAAGAAGACUGUGCUCAAGGUACACAAGUUGCUGUGAACCUUGUCGCUGUGGAUGUGCCACGAAUCGCUGGAAUUGCAACUUUCCUCUACAGCUUUGUUUUAGCGCCGAUGAAACUUGGAGUCGCCUGCGGACUCCUACAGCACGUCCUUGGCUGGAAGAGCCUCUUGGCGGGGAUAACUACGUUAGCCCUCCUCAUGCUUCUGAAUCAUGCCUGUAUGGCUAGAUAUACUCGGGCAGGGAAGGAUCUGAUGGCCUGUCGUGACCGCAAAAUCAUCGCUUUGACGGAGGCCCUUCGUGGUAUACGACAGAUUAAGUUCUCUGCGGCCGAGGAUAGGUGGAAAGAACAGCUGAACCAACUCAGGGAUGCAGAAUUGCUUGCCCAGGCGACCAGCUUUCGGUGGAAUGUGAUAUGUUUCUCCCUUUGGGUUCUGGCCCCGAUCCUUCUAUCUGUAGCAUCUCUCUCCGUUUACACCAUCAGCCAUGGAGAACUUACGGCAUCUGUUGCCUUUACCGCGAUUUCUGCUCUUACUUCGAUUGAGGUUGCUUUGUCUACCCUUCCAGAGUUAAUUACAAACGCAACGGAUGCCUUGAUCAGCAUGAAGCGCAUUGAUAACUUUCUGGACGCCCCUGAGAGAAACUCUUCUACAGUACUACUAUCGCCCAGCAUCCGCUUCGAUAAUGCCACAGUCGCCUGGCCAGAUAGUGCUCAACCCAGCGAUGUUUCAUCAGGAACACCCUUUGUGCUGCGGAACUUGACUGUACACUUUCCUGAACAUGGAUUGAGCCUUGUGUGUGGCCGAACAGGCUCUGGCAAAAGCUUGUUGCUUGCUGCGAUACUCGACGAAUGCAAGAUUCUGGAAGGUAUAGUCAAAAGGCCAUCAAUUAGAAGCAUGUACAAGCUUCCUCGUCCCGGGGAAGAUUGGAUAAUAGACUCUGCCACAGCUUAUGUUGCUCAGACUCCGUGGAUAGAAGCAGCUACGGUCCGCCAGAACAUUUUGUUCGGGAUGCCGUUCAAUGAGGAGCGAUAUAGAAAAGUCCUCUUCGCAUGUGCUUUAGUCCGAGAUCUGCAAAUCCUGGAAGGUGGUGACCUCACUGAGGUCGGACCGAAUGGAGUGAAUCUGAGCGGCGGCCAGAAAGCACGCAUCUCUCUAGCCCGUGCUCUCUACAGCCGCGCGGGCAUCAUAAUCAUGGACGACAUCUUCAGCGCAGUUGAUGUUCACACCACGCAACAUCUGUAUGAGCAUGCUCUAACCGGCGAACUCGCAACUCGCCGGACUAGGAUCCUCGUCACGCAUCAUGUGAGACUCUGUCUUCCGCGGGUGGACUACGUGGCCUAUUUAGACAGCGGGAAUCUCAUAUUCGCUGGAUCUUUGACUCAGAUGCGACACAGCAGCGUACUCGAGGAGCUUCUCGACGGUCAGUUCGACGUGGAUAAUACGGCAGCUGUGUAUGAGAAUCCCGAAGCAUCGGGGUCCCAGGACCGUUUAGCAUGCUCCAACGAAAGAUAUCGAGGCUGCCUGGCAGAUCUUCGGUUAGCGCAGCAUCCAACUGUUUCUAAACGUCCGAGAAAUUUCGUCGAAGAGGAAACUUUUGAAAAGGGGGCCAUUCCCUUGAGCGUCUUUCGUGGAUACAUCCAGAAAUGCGGCGGACUGCGGGCAUGGGUCGUGCUGGCUCUCUGCUUUGCCACAUAUACUGGCCUGGCGCUCGGAAAAGGUCGGUGGCUGGGCUUAUGGAGUGAGCAAAAAAGUUCACUGUUGGCCUCGUCUGGGGUAUCAUCUGAGCUACAGUUCUACCUAGGAGUAUACAUCGUUCUGUCGGUCAUUGUUUGGAUAGUAGGCUCAUUGAGGUCCUACCUUGCACUCACCGCAUCGCUUCAGGCUUCGCGACGCCUUUUCAGCCAAGUAUUGCACGCUGUCUUCCGAGCACCACUUCGUUGGCUGGACACCGUGCCGUUAGGCCGUAUUUUGAACCGAUUUACGGCGGACUUCAACAUGAUUGACUCACGUCUGGGGUUCGAUAUAACGCUUCUGUUAGGUGAGGGCAUGCAAGCACUAGGCGCUGUCAUUGCUGGAAUACUAGUCAGUCCUGUCAUCAUCAUUUUCGCUGGAAUUGUAGCGUGGGUGUGCGGCUGGUACGCCCGCCAAUAUCUGGCCGCGGCACGACAAUUGAAGCGUCUCGAAAGUAUAAGCCGAAGUCCUAUCUAUGAGCUGCUUGCUUCUUCACUUAGCGGGCUCUGGACGAUCCGUUCCUAUCAAAGGGUUGAUUCAUUCGUCGAUAGAAUGCAUGGACUGAUCGAUCGACAUGCUCGUGUCUACUGGAAUCUUUGCCUCUUGAAUCAUUGGCUUAAUCUCCGUGUCAACAUGAGCGGCGCUCUGUUUACGACUGCAGCGGCAAUGACGUUCACUCUCCUGCAAGAUCUGAAAGUGUCAUCAGCCGGGUUCGCGAUCAGUUUUAUCAUUCAGCUGAGCGCAGCGCUUGCCAUGGCGAUCAGAAUGUAUGUCAUGUUCGACUUGGACAUGAAUUGCGUGGAAAGAGUGUUGGAGUACUCUGACAUCAAGACAGAACGAUACGAUGGCCAAGAUGCCCCGGCUGCAUGGCCGUCCAAAGGCCGUUUGCAAGUCGAAAACCUAUCGGUGGGCUACGCGCCUAAUGACCCAUUGGUUCUCCGUGGUGUAAGCUUUGCAGCCGAGCCCAAUGAACGAAUUGGUAUAGUAGGUCGCACCGGAGCGGGCAAGUCGUCGCUGGCGCUGGCUCUAUUUCGGUUUCUCGAAGCUCAGGAAGGGCGCAUUCUCAUCGAUGGCGUCGACAUCAGCCAGAUCAAGCUCCAUCAUCUGCGUCCUCGAAUGGGUAUUAUCCCGCAAGAUCCGACAUUGUUCGCCGGCACGAUCCGGUCCAACCUCGAUCCUUUCCAAGAGCAUGAUGACAGCGAUUUGCUUGCUGUAUUGGAUCGCGUACAAUGGUUAGCACAAGAUGGUAGCAGGUCCUCGACGGAGAGGGAAACAGCGGCUAAAGGGCCCAGCUGCCCGUCAUCAUCUUCAGAAUCUUUGCAAGAAAAGACACAUCUUUCACCCCUCGACACCCGUGUCACCGGGGGAGGAUCGAACCUUUCGCAGGGCCAGCGGCAACUGCUCUGCCUGGCUCGUGCCAUGCUUUCUGCACCCAAGAUCCUUGUGCUGGACGAAGCCACAUCGGCGGUAGAUACUGCUACUGACAAAGUGAUCCAGAGGUCUAUCCGGUCCGGCUUUGGGCAAGGGUCAACAACGAUGCUUGUGAUUGCGCAUCGUAUUAGUACCGUCGCUGACUUUGAUCGGAUUCUGGUGCUCGACGCAGGUAAAGCGGUAGAAUUCGCUUCCCCACAGGCUCUCAUGCAGCUGAAGAACGGGAGAUUCCGGCGAAUGGUGGAAGAGGAUGGAGAGAGCGAACUUCUAAAACGGGUGAUAUUUCGCAAUGUCUGA